CUUGUUGAUUGGAGCGGAUCUUUACCCGAACAUCAUUCUAAAUGGGGUAAAAUAGAAAAUCUUCGGAUCACUUGUUGCACAACGUACAGUGUUCGGUUGGAUCUUAACAGGUUCCGUUCCUUCCGAAGAAGGGAAAAUAAAUGGCAAAGAAACAACAAUCGCCCCAUCAACAGACUAUGCGGCAACAGCAGUCGAAAAGACAUCAGCCACAAUUACCACCACAUCAUCCAACAACGCCCCAACAACAAAUGCAUCAACCAUAUCAACAGCAGCACCAGCACCAGUUGCUAAGCGAUCCGUUUGCUGCAAUGUUAACGGCGACACCAGAUGCACUAGCUAGUCUCCAAUCAAUACCACAACAGCAACUUCAGCAUCAAUCGCUGCAAAUCCAGCAACAGCAGCYACAGCAUCAACAACAACAACACCAGCAGUCAACGCAGCGUGAAGCACAGCUGCCGAUAACGCAGCCGUCUAUGUCUCCAGCGCACUUUUCGUCACCCAUGGCGUCCAGCCCAACGGUGACAGCGCAACAACAGCAACUUCAGCAUCAAUCACUGCAAACCCAGCAACACCAGCUGCAGCAGCCACCACAACAGCCAAUAACACCGACAUCAACACCGUCACAUCAUUCCACAUUGGCCGUAGUGGCUAACGACAGCAACAACAGCAGCAGUUCGACUAACAGCAUUGUCAACAAUCAGCCCACCUCAGUGCUUGACAGUAACAUGCAAAGCUCUGACCAACGAUGCCUCUCCUGCAUACCACACGCCCAAGAUCGAGCCAGACUCGAACCGCAGCAAACCAAACGUGUGGCACGACGACGAAGACCGGUACCACCCCCUGAGUUCCGUCUAUGGCGUCCACGAAAUGCAGCACCCACCAGGCGCCAUCGUCAAAGUCCACCCUACCGACGCGCGGUCGCACUUAGCAACGUUGUGGCAACGUUCCAACAGCUCCAGCGAUUGGUAGGCUGA